AUGUCGGACCCAGCACAAGCAAUCAGAGCCUACAUCGUAGGCUCAUUCCAAGACCUUCCCCCUUCCCUCAUCAACGACCUCGCCACCGGCUCAGUCUCGCUUCUCGGUCUAGUCCGCCUCCUCGGCGAAUACCUUACAUCCGAAGAAGAAGACACUCGCACCCGUGCGGUCCAACUCUUGUCCCAUCUCACAUGUCAUUUCCUUGAACCCAGCUCCCAAUCACAACCUAUCUCUACACAGCAGCCCUUAUCCAGCAUAUUCACUAUCCAAGCAGUCCGAACACUCACUUCCUUCUUCGCGCACAAGGUCGCAGAUGGUGUAAUCAUCUCUGACAACUUUGUUCGAUCUUCGAAAGCGCCUGAAGUGUUACCAGACACUGCACCACGGGCUAGGAAAAAUGACGUGGAACAGAAAACAUUACAGGGAAGUGCUAUGCUUGUAAGCUCGCUGAAAGCGCUUACUGUCUUGGGUGCGUGUAAGACUCCAGCGGGAGUAGCACCGGGUAGAGAAGCGCCAGUGAAAGGAUUUGGUCAGGAACAAGCGCAUGCAGUCGCAGAUGCACUUUUUACUCAUGUCGUGGCGAGCAACCAUCCUCAAAGUCUACGCUUCAUCAUCUAUCGGCUGUUGGACAGCUUGGUUGCUCAUCAUAGAGAUGCGCUCAAAGCAUAUCGCUCUUCCUCCUCCUCCACUGACACCACCGACGAGAAGCCAAAUUCGCCAACACCAAUGGAAGUCGAUCCACCCACCGCCGAUGCAUCCCAAUCCGAGGUUUGUCAAGGAAAAGACUUUCUCUCAGGCUAUGUCAAGAUGGUUUCUGGCGAAAAAGACCCUCGCAACCUAAUGGUUCUCUUUGGCGUCGAUAAAGUCUUGUUGACUGAAUGGAUUAUGGAUCGACAAAUGACCGAAGAGUUCUUCGACAUUACUUUCUGUUACUUCCCCAUUACUUUCCGACCUCCGCCUGACGAUCCCUAUGGGAUUACAUCCGAUGAUCUCAAAAUUGCGCUUCGAGCAGCGAUCUGCGCCUCUCCCGCAAUGGCGCCCCUCGGCUACCCUCUGCUAUUGGAGAAGCUCAGUGCAGUAGGCGGGCCAGCCAAACUCGACACCCUUCGAACACUUAUCGCGGCUAUGCCAGUCUACGGUCGUGCAGCAGCACUCGCCAACGCCGAAAAGCUAUGGGAGAGUCUCAAGAUCGAAAUUUUCCACGCGAUUGAUGACGAAACUGGCGAUCUUGCCGUUGACACGCUCACCAUGCUCCUGCAUGUCUUGUACGAAGCAGUGGACCCGCCAAAGGGAAUCGCGCCGAAGAUGGUCCAUGAUUGUUUGGUCGAGCUUGAAGAACCGGGCAAGUCACUUGCGAAAGCGGGGAUUAAGGUUCUUUCGUGUUUAGUGCGUGCUAGUACGAGUACUGCGUAUUUGGCGGUGUACGGGUUCAUGGAUCAGAUGACUAAGAUGUUUGCUGAUCCCGAAGACCUUGCACAGCGAACCCCCAUCUUAGCGGGAAUUGGAGAGCUGCUGGAGGCUUUGGCGAAGGUGUAUCGUCAUGCGGAGCUUUCACGAGCUGGCGAGGAGACUGCGGCGGUAGGGAGUGAGAUUGGGUCAGGUCAGCUGUUGCCGGAGAGUGCAAAGGGGAGGAGCUAUGCGGGGGAUAAUCGACCUUUGGAUGCCUUUUUGGAGGAUCUGUUGAACUGUCUGAGCAACGGGCUUAGAUCGACGAGUUACCGUCGUUCAGCAAUGCUAGUCUUUUCGUCAGUAGUGUCGAUUUCCAUCCUCAGCAGCAAUGGUGCGCCUGGGAAGGAGGGUAAGGCGGAAAAGCCGCUGUUAGACUUUGACGAGCUUAGUUUCCUCACUCGGGAGGUUGCUUCGUUGCUCACGUCGUCCGUGGGGGAUGAUGUGAGGGAGGAAGCGCUAUGUGCAAUCGAGGUGAUUUCGAAUGAACGCACAUCGAAUACUCUUGCUGCAGCAAACCCGACCGCGAAAGUCAUCGAACAAGUGGUACUCCCUGUGCUGUUGGAGAAGUUGCCGGAUAGGAUCAAACCCCUCGAUGAUCCCGAAGGACGAACCCCAGGUAAUGCUAUGGACGAUACAGGGGCCGAAAUCGAGCUCAUCAAAGCCAAUAUCCGACGUUCCCUCGGCGCUCUUUCACGCCUAUGCGUAGCUCCAUUCCUUUUCGAAGCAGUGGUAGUCAAGCUCUUCACGAAGUUAGAACUGUGCUGUCGACCCAGCUCCCGCACUUCAUCCGGCGGUACAGGCGAGGAGAAGGGAAUCCUUGGGUUAACAGAUACAAAUGAACAAGGUAAAGCCGAUUCCACUGUUCAAGACCAGCUCAAGUCGCUGCAGGAAGCUAAUGUCGGAUAUGCAAGGGGGUUGAUUCUGACUCUGCAGACAAUGGUCGAUUUGAAGCGAGCGAACGGACAUAGGGAUUUGACCAAGUAUGCGGUUACUUUGCCGCCGAGGUUGGUGACGUUGGCGCUUGCGGGAGUGGAGACGUCGAAGAGUGGAGGGGAAGAGUUGAGUAUCGCGGCGGAUCCGGCGGUUGUGGCUGAUAUGGCGGCACUGUUGGGUACGUUUGUGAAGUUGCUGGAUGGAGCGAAGCAGAAAGAGCUGCUGAGUAGUCUCAACAAGACGUUUGUUCGUGGUACUGGGACCUUUGUCGAAGGUGCGACUACAGAGAGGGAGUCUUUAAUUCAGAGCAGCUCCAAGCUGAGGAACGCUUUCGCUCCGUUCGGUGAAGGGCAUGUGGCGAGUAGGAACGCAAUUGCGCUAUUGAGUGCUGCUGUUGUUGCGUCUAACCCUGCUGCUGGAGUGGUUGUUCUCACCUCCGAAGGUAAACAGGCAACGAAACACGAGGCCGCACUCUCGUCCCUCUCAGUUCUGCUCGAUUGGGCACUCGCCUCGGCCCAAAACUCAAAGAGCGCCACCCUCAAAGCAUCCGAAGCACUCCAACUCAAUUCGGCUUUCUGGACCAUCGUCAGUCUCACCAACAAGUUCAUCGACGAAUCCCAGCAAGCUUUCCUUGACCUGCUCGACGCCUUCUGGAUCAACAACAUCAAGUCUUCCUCCUCCUCAGCCUUGGGUCGUGCGAAGAGAAGGGUAGCAUUGCAGAUCUGGAUGUGGCUAACCCGCGCAUUGGUGGUCAAAUCCAGCAAACUAUCCGAAGCGAUGCUCAACAGGGUUCUGAUUGAGAUUUUUGAUGAUGUUGCGUCUAAGAUCUUUGGUCAGGCUCCUACGACGCAGCUGGUACAAGGAGGUAGGGGGGAGGGUAAAGGGGUAGAGGGUGCGGAGUGGAAGUUCGCUAGGGCUGCAGCAAGGGAUCUCUCCGCGAUUGUUGGCGUGGGUGAAGAUGGUAUUGCGACAAAGGAGAACGGGUUUACGGUAAGGCUGUUGUGGAAGCAAAAGUUAUUUAGCUUCUUGCUGCCGAGGUUAUUGGAGAGUUAUGGUGCCGCUGCUAAAGUGACCCAUUCGCAAGGCCACAAUCAUGCUCAUGGGGAAAAGUGCGACCACGAACAUCAGCACGGAGAGAAGGAUGUGGAUGCAAAGACGAUCUAUCUUGUCUCCCUGGCCGGUCUUCUACCCUCUCUUCCGUCGACGAUGCUGGUCGAGCGAUUGGAAGGUCUUUUUCCGCUUCUGAUCCAGGCUUUGGGUUUACCGGAUUCAAAGGCGCGAGCGGCAGCUGCUAAUGCUAUCACGGUGGCUAGCGAAGUAGGGAAAAAGCUCCCAUCUUCCACUGAGGCUAAGGCUGGGUUCAAUCCAACUGCGCUCAUCGCCGAGCAUCUAACUUCGAUCGUUACUAGACUGCUGGCGGAUAUCGAGCCAAGUGAUUUUACGCCAAGCUUGACGAGGAUUGCCGCUUUGCGAACUUUGGCUAGUUUGGCGGCGAAACCAGGAGGUGUGGAGGAAGAAGCAGCUGGAAAGGUGGAGGCAGGAGGGUUGGAGCAUCACCAUUUGCACCCGCUGAGGAAUGUCGUGUUGAAAGAACUGGGUAGGGAUGGGAAGGGGAUUGAUGAUCCAGUGAGGGGUGUUAGGAGUUUUGCAGUGGAUGCUAGGGAUGCCUGGUUUGCUAUCUCUGAGACAUAA